CAGCAGCAAGAAGUCUGCUGUUACUUCUGCUCAUCUGACAACUCUCUGUAUUUGGGGUGGGGCUUCAAAGGUUUGAGAAGAGAUGGUCCAUUCAAAACUAGAUGGAAGAGGAUGUUACUUUAGUAUACACAAAUCUUGCUGUGCUGUGUGCUAUGAUUUUAACUUUCAGUUUCAUCCAGAAAUGUCAAUCCCCACUUUAAUUUUGCUUCUAGUACUUGCUUGUGACAGUAAUGGUCAGAUCAUUGAGCCAAUCAGAGAGGAGGUGAAUGCUCCUGCAGGUAGCAAUAUUACACUUUCAUGCACCUACUCAUCUGCAGUCUCUCUUCAAUGGUAUCUCCAGGACCCUGGAUCACCUCCUCAGUAUAUCCUGCUUAUCCUGCAUGGUGCUGGGUCUCCAUCACGGGCUCCAGGUCUGGAUCCUCGACUGUCAGUCAAACUAAAUGAUGAGAAGAACCGUGUGGAUCUGGAGAUCUCCUCUGCUAAAGAGAAAGACUCUGCUAUGUACUACUGUGCACUGAAGCCCACAGUGAAAGGAAACCUACAAACGCUGUACAAAAACCUAACCUGA